UGAUUAGGAUGGCUGUGCCGUCUGAGUUCAUUGUUUGUGAGAUUUUACUCUUGGAUUAUUUCACAAGAGCUAAAGCGGGACUUUUCAAUUUCUGUUAUUGUGGAUUAAUAUACUUGGUGAAUUAUUGUGACAGUUAUGUGUUAUUUUGGGGUGUACGUUACGAUUUUAGCUAUCUGAUCAGCAAAUUAUCUUGAAAGACUCCUUACAAUCUGCAGUGGAAUCUGAUGAAUCUAUAUGAUUUAAUCUCUUCCAGCCCAUCAGCAUGUUGCUUGAAGACUCUUUUAUUAUUUUAUUUUAUUUUGGGAUCUAGGACACCCAUUUGAUAAACAAUGUAUUAUCAACUGAGUUUAGUGGCCGAAUGACCAGGAAGACUUCGAUUUAGCUAACUAAAGUAGCUGGCUUAAAGUCAAUGAUGGGAGAUAGUUUUUUUUUUGAAAGAGUUUACUUUUAUAGAUAUGUGAAAAGCAGAAGACUAUGCAAACAUUGACCAAACUAAACCAGCUAUUGCUUCUCACUAGUUUGCUUACAUCGACUUUUUUAGGCAUCUCCACUUGCUAUAUCUGUCCUGAAUUCUGUGCUAUUUUCAAGAUAUUGAGUUAUCUUAAUCAGUUAUGUCGAUUGAGAGUUGCAUACUAAUGUCUAUGGCUAAUGCAACAGGACAUGAAGCCUCACCUUCCGCCUCUCUAUGUAGUUAUGAUGUGUUUUUGAGUUUUAGAGGUGAGGAUACUCGUAGGAAUUUUACUGAUCAUCUCUACACAGCUCUGAUUCAAGCAGGUGUCCAUGCGUUCAGGGAUGAUAAUGACCUUGAGAGAGGUCAAAACAUUGAGUCAGAGAUCACAAAAGCAAUGCAAGAAUCUAGAAUUUCGAUAGUUGUGCUCUCCAAGAACUACGCCUCUUCGAGAUGGUGCUUGGCUGAACUUGUGAUAGUCAUGGAACGUAGGAGAACUGUUGGGCACAUUGUAAUCCCUGUCUUUUACGAUGUUGAUCCAUCUCAUGUCUCAGAACUGAGUGGGAGUUUUGCCGAAGCAUUUGCUGUGCACGAAAAAUGUUUCAAGGAGGAGAUGGAAAAACUGGAGGGAUGGAAGGCAGCACUUAGAGAAGUUGCAGACCUGGGAGGAUUUGUUUUAGAGGACAGGUAUGAGGCCCAGUUUAUUCGAAAUAUUAUCAAAGACGUUAAGACGAAACUGAAUCGCAAGGUUCUGAAUGUUUCCCCAUAUUUAGUUGGAGUAUCUUUUGAUGUUGUAAGAAUUCAUCUGUGGUUACGAGAUGAAGCUCCCAAUUCAAGGAUUAUGAUAAUUUAUGGAGCUGGAGGAAUUGGGAAGACAACCAUUGCAAAGACUGUUUAUAACAUGAACUGUGACAAUUUUGAAGGAAGAAGCUUUCUUGCAAACAUUAGAGAAACUUCAGAACAAUCCAACGGCCUGCUUCAGAUACAAAGACAACUUCUUUCGGACAUUCUUAAAGAGCAACCCAUCAAGAUAUACAAUGUAGAUGAAGGCAUCAUCAAGAUCAAGGAAGCUAUAUGUUGCAGGAAAGUUCUUAUUGUUCUUGACGAUGUGGAUCAGACUGAUCAAUUCAAUGCGAUAAUUGGAAUGCAGAAAUGGUUGCUCCCAGGAAGUAAAAUAAUCAUAACAACUAGGUAUGCAAGUUUUCUUACAGUUAAUUAUGAAGGAUCCUUGAUGCUUAAAAUCUCAGAAUUGGAUGAUGAUUCAUCAAUUCAGCUAUUCAGCUGGCAUUCUUUUGGCCAAUGUCACCCUCCUGAAGGUUUUGAGAAGCUUUCUGAAAGUGUAGUAAGUUACUGCAAUGGACUACCAUUGGCUCUUCAGGUUCUGGGCUCUUCGCUUCGUGGAAAAAGAAAAGAUAUAUGGGAAAGUGAAUUAAGGAAGCUGGAAGCACUUCCUAAUCGUAACAUUCAAAGGAUUCUCAGAAUAAGUUAUGAUUCCCUUCAAGAUGAUCAUGACAAAAAUUUGUUCCUUGACAUAGCCUGUUUUUUUGUUGGAAAUGAUAAAGAUUACAUCAUCAAAAUACUAGAUGAUUGCGGUUUCUACACAAUCAUUGGGCUUCAGAAUCUUAUGGAUAGAUGUCUCAUAACAAUGGAUGAACACAACCAUAUAAUGAUGCAUCCAUUACUUAGAGACAUGGGGAGAGAUAUUGUUCGCCAAGAAUCGCCUGAAGAUCCCGGAAAACGCAGCAGAUUAUGGCAUCACAAAGAUGUUUUCACUGUCUUGAAAGAAAACACCGGAACAGAAGCUGUAAAGGCCCUUUCAUUCAAGCCAGUUACUUUAGAGUCAAAGGAGUUGGUCUUGAAAACAGAAGCAUUUGCAAAGAUGCAGAGACUGAAGUUACUCCGACUUUAUAAUGUUAAACUUGAAGGAGGUUAUGAAGAUUUUCCCAGAACUUUGAUAUCGUUGAGUUGGCGUGGAUUUUCUUUGAAUUCUAUACCAACCAACUUAUAUCUGGACAAGCUAACCAUUCUUGACAUGCGCUAUAGCAGCCUUAAAUAUCUUUGGAGAAAGACCAAGUCUCUUCCAAACUUGAAGAUCCUUAACCUCAGCCAUUCAUACUUUCUUGUCGCAACUCCCAAUUUUGAAGGACUCCCCAAUUUGGAGAGAUUAAUACUCAAAAACUGCAUAAACAUAACUGAGAUUGAUGAAUCUAUUACAGUUCUCGAGAAUAUAGUAGUGUUGAAUCUAAGAGAGUGCAAAACUCUGAAGCAGCUUCCAAAGAAAAUUGCUAGUUUGAAAUCACUUGAAGAGCUAGUGUUGUCUGGUUGCUUAGAACUUGACGAGUUACCUAAAGAGGUAGCAGAAAUGAAUUUGAAAAUGCUGGCUGUUGAUGGAUGUUCGAUUCAUCAACUACAUUCUACAAAUGGAGAUGCAAGAAUGUCAUCAUUGGAUUCACUCUUCAGUUCUUGGUUAUCACCGAGUAGAGGUGUGAAAUCCAUGAACUUUUCAUUCACUUCUCUACCGAGCUCUCUGGUAAGUCUAAGCCUUGCUAAUUGCAAUCUAUCUAAUGAUCAUAUUCUGAAAGAUCUUAGCAUACUACCAUCGUUGCAACAUUUGAACCUAAGUGGUAACCCUUUUCAUGCAAUACCAGAGAGCAUUAACAGCCUCACUUUGCUCCACUCCCUUAUCUUAGACCACUGUCAAAGUCUACAAUUACUUCCAGAGCUUCCGAUGAGUCUAAAUGAAUUGAAUAUUAACCAUUGUACCUCACUAGAAAGGAUCGCAAAUUUACCAAACUUGUACAGAGGAUUGAUUUUAAGAUCUUCUGGUUGUGAAAAACUAGUCGAGGUGGAAGGUGCUUUUAAAUUACAACCAAUUAGCGAAAUCGACAUGGAAAUGAUGAAGGCAUUGGGAUUGAUCAAUUUGGAAUCGUUGGAAAGCUUACAGGCAAAAAUGGUCAGUAGCUUCACAGCAACUUCAACAACAGCUUCAGUGCAGGUGUUGCAGGAAUGUGGAAUAUUUACUACUUAUCUUCCAGGAAGUGAAAUUCCAGAAUGGUACAACUUCCAACACCCAGGGUGUUCAUUUUCUUUUAACCUUCAUGGUUUUGAAGGGCAAAAGAUUGCAGGGUUGAAUUUGUGCGUCGUAUACGCAUGUGACGAGUCUACAAGUUGGGAUUCAAACAAUGUAUUGGGCACGGCUUUUGCUCUAAUCAAGAACGCGAGCAACGGUUUUUACUGGACUUACAGCCCAACGUUCUAUCAAAUUCCAGCACAGAAUGGUUGUAAUCUGUGGUUAAGCCAUUGGAAGUAUGUGGAUCAAUUGAAAGAUGGAGAUGAAGUGUAUGUAGGAGUACGAAUGCCUUUAGGUAUUCACAUUAAACGAAUUGGAGUUCAUCUUGUCCGCGGUUCUCAAACCCAAUCGAUUACUUGCUCUCCACGGUAUCAAAUUCUGAACAAUGCUGAUAUCUCACCGUUCCUCAACAAUAUUGGAUAUAUUCUGAGCUAUAAUAAUUAUAACCGCGACGUUAGCCAACUUCGUUGGGAUACACACUGUAACAGUCUGAGGUCUACUAGCCCGCAAUUGAUGUCCAUCGUCAAUGUUCUCAACAAGAUUUGUAAAUUUCUGAGCGAUAGAAUGUGAAAAACAAGAUCUUUUUUCUA